AUGGCUACCUUCACCAACCACUCAACCAAUGAGAGCAGCGGGCAAAACUGCCGAUGUCGCUUCAAGGAGGACUUCAAGUACAUCCUGCUUCCUGUCAGCUACACUCUGGUCUUCGUGAUUGGCCUAGCCCUGAACUUCACGGCCAUGUACGUGAUCCUGUUCCGUACGAAACGCUGGAAGCCCUCCACGGUGUACAUGUUCAACCUAACAGUGUGCGACACCCUCUACAUCCUCACCCUACCCUUCCUAAUCUACUACUACGCCGACGAGAACGACUGGCCCUUCAGCGAGCCGUUCUGCAAACUCAUCCGUUUCCUGUUCUAUGCUAACCUUUACGGUUCCAUCCUUUUCCUGUGCUGCAUCAGCCUGCACCGCUUUCUGGGCGUGUGUUACCCGAUUAGGUCCCUGAGCUGGGUCAGCGCCAGGAGAGCCCGGCUGGUGUCUGUGGCGGUGUGGGUGUGUGUGUUGAUGUGCCAGGCUCCCGUUCUCUACUUCUCACGGACCAGGGACGAGGGGACGGAGAGGGUGUGCUUCGACACCACCAGUCCAGAGUUAUUUCAUGACUUCCUGGUGUACAGCUUGGUGGUAUCUAUGCUGCUGUUUGCCUUCCCCUUCAUGGUGGUGAUGGUGUGCUAUGGACUGAUGGUGAGGAAGCUUCUGGAGCCCACCUGGGAGGCAGGAGGGAGCCAGUCGAGGGGAGUCGGGGGGAUCGCUCCUCAUCGCUCCAAACAGAAGUCUGUGAAGAUGAUAAUCAUUGUGUUAGCAGCGUUCAUGCUGUGUUUCCUACCCUUCCACCUGACCAGAAGUCUGUACUACUUCCUCAGAUACCUGGAGCAGAUGGACCCCUCCCAGGUGAGCUGUGAGCGGCUGAAGGCGUCCAGCCUGGCCUAUAUGGUGACACGCCCCCUGGCCAGCGCCAACAGCUGUGUGGAUCCCAUCCUUUACUUCAUGGCUGGGCAGGGUUUCCGUAGUAACCUCGCCAACAAAAAUCAGAGCAUCGCUAGGGAAACCAGGAAGCGUGAUGGCCGCCCUUUCGAAGCAGCUCUGACCGUCAGGAGAGUCAAUCCAUGUACUGAAUAG